UAUUUCUUACCGGCAGCAACUCUCUCCACAAUUAAAUCCAGCUUCGCUGUUCGCGCGGUACGCGUUUAGUUGUGAUAUACAUAUAUAAUACCUACAUACAAAUAUACGGUGUGUAUUCGUGCCUGCUUGCUUAUCAAAGAUCCAGUUGGGGGUACAAAAACCGGACUACGGACAAAUAGAUCGCUCAGUGAACCAAAGUGCUAACUCUGCUACGCUGCAAGUUGAAAGUGAUCCCAUACAGUGCGUCAAAAUGUCUCGCAAUCCUGCCGAAAAUCAACUAAACUUGUACAAGGAAUGUCAAAAGGAGAAAACCGUCUCCGUCACCAGCAAUGGCGCUCCGGUUGGUACUAAAACCGCUACCGCAACUGCUGGAGAACGAGGCCCCGUAGUGCUUCAGGAUGUGCACUUCUUGGACGAGCUGGCUCAUUUCGAUCGUGAACGUAUUCCGGAACGUGUGGUGCAUGCCAAGGGUGCCGGAGCAUUUGGAUACUUCGAGGUAACGCAUGAUAUCACGAAGUACUGUGCUGCCAAGCUGUUCGAGAAGGUUGGAAAGAAAACUCCACUGGCAGUUCGUUUUUCGACCGUCGGAGGAGAAAGCGGAUCAGCCGAUACGGCCCGUGAUCCACGUGGCUUUGCCGUGAAGUUCUACACUGAUGAUGGAGUGUGGGAUAUGGUUGGUAACAACACUCCGAUCUUCUUCAUUCGGGAUCCGAUUCUGUUCCCCAGCUUUAUCCACACUCAGAAGCGUAAUCCGGCUACUCAUCUCAAGGAUGCGGAUAUGUUCUGGGACUUCAUCUCCUUGCGUCCGGAAAGCACACAUCAAGUCAUGUUCCUUUUUGCUGAUCGAGGAAUCCCGGAUGGUUAUAGGUUUAUGAACGGUUACGGAUCACACACUUUCAAACUAAUCAAUGCUGAUGGUAAGCCUGUCUACUGCAAAUUCCACUUCAAGUCCAAUCAAGGUAUUAAAAACCUUUUGGCAAAACGUGCCGAUGAGCUGGCUGGAGACGAUCCCGACUAUAGCAUCCGCGAUUUGUAUAACGCAAUCGCUAAGGCAGAAUGUCCUAGCUGGUCUAUGAAAAUUCAGGUGAUGACUUUCGAGCAGGCAGAAAAAACUGCAUUCAAUCCGUUUGAUGUAACUAAAGUCUGGCCACAGUCUGAGUUCCCGCUCAUACCGGUGGGAAAAAUGGUUCUAGAUCGCAAUCCCAAGAACUAUUUUGCUGAGGUUGAGCAAAUUGCUUUUGCUCCCUCACAUCUCGUACCUGGAAUUGAACCGUCACCAGACAAGAUGCUGCAAGGACGUCUCUUCUCUUAUGCUGAUACUCACCGUCAUCGCCUUGGAGCCAACUAUAUUCAGCUCCCGGUCAAUUGCCCGUAUCGUGUUAAGACAACAAACUACCAGCGUGAUGGACCAAUGAAUUCUACCGACAACCAGGGUGGAGCCCCGAACUACUAUCCAAACUCAUUCGGUGGCCCCGAGCCGAGUCCCUUCGCACAUAAACUGCAGAACUCCACUUUCAAAGUUAGCGGAGACGUACAACGCUACGAAACAGGAAAUGAAGACAACUUCUCUCAGCCUACCAUUUUCUACCGCAAAGUGUUGGAUGAAGCCGCUCGGGAGCGUAUGAUCAACAAUCUGGUGAAUCACAUGAGCAAUGCUUCGGCUUUCAUCCAAGAGCGUGCAGUUAAGAACUUCUCCCAGGUUGAUGCCGAUUUCGGCCGCAGACUCACGGAAGGUUUGAAGCUCCGUCGCACGGCCAAUUUGUAAGCACUGCCGACGAGCAGUGACUCAACUGUUUCGCGGAUUCAUUGGUGGAUAUUUACGAUUAACAAUCACACGCACAUACAAGCUUAUAUUUUUUCAAAUACUUUUUUUUAUAUUUUCCAUUACAAGCACGAAGGAGAACUGUGGGUUACUAAUAAUGAAAAUAAAGGCAUAAAGGCUUUGUAUAUGUUUAAACAUUAGAAGUAUACAUCGUAUUUUCUAUCUGUUAUUUCGGAAGCUAUUCGAUUCCAAUAAAGUUUAACGA